AUGACGUCGAGGAAGAGGCGCAUCCCGCUGUCCAAGCCACCGCAGAGCCGGCUCUUCGAAGCAGACUACGACUGCUGGGUCAACGUGGUUCGCUUGCGACAAUGGGUCUCGUCCGUGGACGAGUUCCAGCAACCCUGCCACCAGACGCCCACGCUGCUGCUUGUCUUGUCGCCGAUCUCGAUCAUCCUCAAGGUCGAGCCCAUCGUCCAUAUGGGCCCCGUGACAGCCGCUGAUUUCGAAGUCCUGCAAACGUCGUUGCCGCCCAACUCGCGCGUCUUUUGCCCGCUCAAGUACGAAGCGAUGCUACGCGACGGCCUUGGCGCGGCCGCCGGUAGCUUGAAUCUCACCAUCAUGGGUCGCCAUGAGAGCGAGAUCCCGCAUGCGUUUGCCGAGAUUGCUGAGCAGUUUGCGAGCAACAUUCCGUCGCGGUGCGCGCUCUGCGAUGGCACGUUGCUCAACAAGCCGUACCCGGGCCAAGAAGCGCGCCCGUGCGUCUGUGCCGGCAUGGAGGCGAUUCCGUCCAUGACCGACUCGAUCAUCCGGUCGCUCUUUGAGACGAGCGCGCGCUUCUGGCAGGCGCAACCGUGGCUGCACAUGCGCAUCAACCACGUCGUGCGCGUCGAGAUGCAUGGGUCGCCGUUCCGGUUCGUCCAGAUCCUCGGUGGCACGGGCUGCUGCGACGUGGCGCUCAUGGUGCACAAGGAUUGGCACGAAGUCCAGAACGAAAACUGGUCGGUCUCGACCAUGCGCUGCAACUCGGAAGGCUUCUACUCGGUCGUCAAAGCCGAGUUCCAGCCGCCUGGUCAAGGCUGUCGCUCGUGGAAGGACCUCGACUACAUCGAAGCGCAGACACGCCUCGGCACGCCGCUCAUGCUUCCGGACCCCAACAAUCCGGACCCGGUCACGCAACCCGUGCUCCCGCUCUUCACGCGCAUCUCGAUCAAGCGCAAGUCGGGCAGCGACAUUGACGUCCGCCAGGUGGCCGCGACGAUGGAAGAGAUCGUGUACCUUCAGGUCGCCAUGUCGGUCAUCAUGACGCUCCUCGACGACGACAUCUUGACGGCCGUGCCCAACUCGCCGGUCGGCGACUACCGCAAGUUUUACGCGUUCGACACGACGCUGCCCGUGACGCCGGCCAUGGUAGCGUACAACAAGCUGCCCAGCGACAAGCGGCGCGUGCACGUGCAGUACCCCGCGCUGGACGACCCGUCGCGCAUGAGCCAUCUGCAGGUCAUUGGUGUCGAGAUGCGCCCCAAGCCCGUCGACGACGAGUCGGUGCCGGACGCGACGUUGUCGUCGUCGUCGGCCAAGAAGAAGAAGAAGAAGAAGAAGGGCAAGGGCAAGGGUGACAGUGGUGGCAACGACGACAUGGAUGUGACGGCGCUCGCCCGCAUGCGCGAGAUCAUGACGCAAAAGGCGGCCGCCAACAGCUUUUACCAAAAGGGUCUCUACAAGGAGGCGUACGCGCAGUACACAUCGGCGAUCGCUGAGUUUCAAGUGUUCAAGGCCAAGCUCGAGAUGCACCACCAAAAGGACCCGCAGAUGGUGCUCAACGGCGACAACCUCUACAGCAACCGUGCGCAAGCCGCGCUGCGCCUCGAGUGGUACGCCAAGGUCGUUGACGACUGCAGCCAUGUCAUUCCGUUCAUCGUGUCGCACUGCGCCAACAUUUACGUCAUCCGGUGCCUUCACGCCCGCGCCCGCGCAUACGCAGCGUUGCACCAGUACGAUGACGCCUUUGACGACUGGCACGUGCUCGCGAUCGAGUCCCAGAAGGGCAACAAGGACGUGCCGCCCGCGGGGUACCUGGCCGAGCAAGGCCAGCGCAUCCAGUCCAAGCUCAACGCGUGCAGCAUCCCCGCCGCGUGGCGCGUGCUGCCUGGCACGGGCAAGAAGAUCAACCGGUUCUUCCACAGCGCGGCGCUGCAUCCAGACGCGACGUCGCUCCUCAUCUUUGGCGGCCGGUCGACCACCAUGUUUGGUACGGAAGACGAUGACGUGGCGAUCCACCAGUACAUCUUUGAGACGAAAAAGUGGGUCACGGUGCCGGGCGCGGGCCAAAAGCCGCCGUGUCUCGCCGGCCACAGCGCGGUUGUCUUCAACCGCGACAUGUACGUCUAUGGCGGGUGCCCGCUCCACGAAGACGACCAGACGGGCGGCGCUCUCUACGCCUACAACGUCGACACGCACGUGUGGAAGCGGGUGCGGGCGCCGAACGAGCCGACGUCGGUGCGCAACGAGCACGUUGCGGUGCUGCACGGGUCGCGGAUGCUUGUGUUUGGCGGCGCCCAAGACGACUCGCGCGACAACCCGUUUGAUGUGUUUGACUUUGCGACGCAGCGCUGGUCGGCCAUGCCGCAGGAAGCGAAAACGAAAGCCCCGAGCUCGCUCCUCACGCUGCACCUCGGCUGGGUCCACGACGACACGCUCUAUAUCUUUGGCGGCAAGGCUGACACGAGCGACUUUUACGAGUACCGGUCCAAGCUCUAUGCGUUCGACCUCGUCCACAACACGUGGCUCGACGAGCGGCCCAUCGCCAAGAAUGGCAUUUUGCCGCUGCACCCGGGCGCCCGCAGCGAGAGCCAAGCUGUGUGCUACAACGGGCACAUGUACCAGUUUGGCGGGUACGCCGAGCUUGCGGUCGGCUCCAAGUACCACGCGGACGGCUACCGGCUCGUGCAUCACGCCGACAAGUCGGUCUCGUGGUCCAAGAUGCAAACGCCCAAGGACACCAAGUCGCCGUGGCCGAGCGCGCGGGCCGGGUGCACCUUGACGUUGGAUCCGACCCGCCACCGCGCGCUGCUCUUUGGCGGCUACGAGACCAUGCAGCACGACAUUGUCUAUGGCGACGUGUGGGAACUCAAGCUCGACGCCCCGCCGGUUGCGACACCCGCCGUCGUUACGACACCCGCCGUCGUUGCAACGCCCGCCGUCGUCCCGCCCGCCCCCGUGGUGGUGGCGCCGGCCCCUGCCACCGCCCCCAAGACAUCCAAGGCCGCGCCCGCCCCGACCACGCUCGUGUGCGCCAGCUGUGGUCGCGAGGGCAAGUGGAAGAAGUGCGCGCGCUGCAACGACACGGCGUACUGCACGCAAGCCUGCCAGAAGAAGGACUGGCCGACGCACAAGGUCACGUGUCGUCGCGUCUAA